AUGGCAAAGCGCGUUCGAGUGGCCAAACAGGGAGCCGCAGAUUUGACCCCUACCGAUGUCCCAGACGUCGCCAAGGCGCUGCCAGUGCCACUGGACGCACCGUCGAAGAGCAAGACGGCCGGACUUGCAAGCAUCGAAGGGAAGCACGUGAUGCUGCCCGCCUUCUUGUCCAAGACGUACGAGAUCUUUAGUAUGCCGGAGUUCUCGCACGUCUGCGGCUGGAACGCCACGGGCGAUACGAUCAUUGUGGCCCAGCUCGAGACGUUCGUGGCAAUGGUGCUCCCGCGCUUUUUCAAGCACCGGAAUUUCCCGUCGUUUGUGCGCCAGCUCAACCUCUACGGCUUCCAUAAGACGGUGCUGGACUCGAAGCGGCUGGAGUUCCAGCACCCUUACUUCAAGCGCGGUCGACCUGACUUGCUGCACCUGAUUAAGCGCAAGGUCUCCAAUCACAGUAACCACCACAGUCAGCAGCAGAUUGUCAGCACGUCCAUCCAGAACUCGCGACUGGAUGCGCACCGAGAGAUUUCGGAUACACUGCUGCGGGAGAUGAAGGAGCUGCGUCAACGUGGUGAUGCCAUGGAGAAACGUUUGCGCGAGGUGGAGGUCGACAAUGCGAUUGUGCGCAGCGAUAAUGUGAAGUUGUGGAAGCAUCUUGAAGCAGCAAAGGAUAAGCAGUUGGUCAUGCAAGAAAAAAUGAAGAAGAUCAUGUGGAUCUUGUUCCAGAUCUACCGCGGAAAACAGCAGAAUCUUCCCCAACUGUCUAGCAACGACGCAGCUGGCGCUUUCAUCAGCGAAGACUACUCGAACGGUAGUAUGCUUGGGCCGAAAGAGUUUCGAGAUGUACUGCGUUUUCUAGCGAUGGAUGAACCCCCGAUGUUGCCGGAAUCGUCUCCUGAAGUUGCGACGUCUACGUCAAGCGCACGGAAGCGAAAGUUCGUCGAGGUACCAUCUGAUGUCGGCGACGUAUUCUCGACACCGGAUGGCGCAUAUAAAUUGCCGAAAGGAUUGUCUACUGUUCUCGAAGUGCCGAACCCUUUGGGUGACCCGAACCUGUUCGCGAUGUCGUUGCCAUCCAGCACGCCUCCUUCUUUGCACUCAGAUGAAGAACAGAAUAACGUGCUGAGCAUUUUCUCGCCGCUCAAUGCUCUGAGCAGUAGCUCGGGUCAUGUUGAUGCUGUGCCGGGCAUGCACCCUAAAGAUGGAGCAGCCGUCACUACGAGCACGCCGGUAUCGACUGCGUCGACGCCUUCUGUAUCGACACCGCCGGUGACUGCGACGACGGCACCGAUCGAGUCGACUCCACAUGGAAGUACGCUUGCUGUGGGUAACACAAGCGAUUUGCUUCGCGGGACCGCUGCCGCUUCCGACAGCACAUCAGUCGCAGACGUGAACAAUCAAUUGGCGUUUCUGGAUGACGACCUCCCUCUAUUGCCUGACUCCGACCACUACAAUUUCACGGAAGGCGAGCAGCAGGCAGUAAUGAAGAAACUCGAGGACUUUGAGACGUCGCUGUUGGACGAAUACGACGUCAGCUGCCUCGACACACUGUUGCAGCAGCUGAAAAGCGGUGGUGGAGUCAAACUGUCCGGCGUUUCUGUGCCGGAUUCAGAAGAGGUGGUCGUCGGCCCAACGAAUUCGUCGCCACAGGAUGCGUAG